AUGUGGCAACGCACCAAGCACAACAGCAAGGUCGGCUUCGACAAGCUGUGGGGUUGGGCCGACAAGCUGGGCGCUCCCGUCAACAACUUGUCCAACAAGCUAGGCUCCGAGGCCUUCUGGCCCACGUCGCUCGACAAGGAAUGCGACAAGGCCGCACGCAUCCUCAGAAGUUUCUGCAAGGAUGGCUUCUAUGAGGAACACGCCGGCGCAUCCGCCGACGGCCCGAAGCAGAAGCAGAAGGUGCUCAAGAGUAUACCAACUGAAGUCAUCCGAAAUGCAAAAGGCCUCGCCAUCUUCACCACCAUGCGCACCGGCCUCUGGGUCUCGGGCGCUGGCGGCAGUGGCAUCAUCAUCGGCCGCACCGAAGACGGCACCUGGUCCCCUCCUUCCGGCAUCCUCCUCCACACCGGCGGCCUCGGCUUUCUCGUCGGCGUCGACAUUUACGAUUGCGUUGUCGUCAUAAACACCGAAGCGGCGCUCGAGGCUUUUACCAAGGUUCGAUGCACUGUCGGCGGCGAGGUCAGCGCGGUUGCCGGGCCGAUGGGCGUGGGCGGCAUCUUGGAAACGGAGGUGCACAAGAGGCAGGCUCCAGUAUUCACAUACCUGAAAUCGAGAGGUUUCUACGCGGGCGUGCAGGUCGACGGUACCGUGGUGAUAGAAAGGACAGACGAGAACGAAAGGUUCUACGGUGAAAAGAUUGGGUGUGCAGACAUUCUCGCAGGGAAGGUCGCGCACCCACCGUACGAGACUAAGGCCUUGCUGGAGACCAUCAGGGCAGCGGAGGGAGGAGAUGACAUUGACAACAGCUUGGUGCCCUCGGAACCGCCACCAGGCGACUACGAAAUGGAGAGCGAACCCGCCGACCCGAACGGGCACGUCUUCGGCAUCCCGGACAUGGAAGACCCCGACCCGUUUGGAGUUCUUGCUCUGGAGAAGCAAGGUUUACACAUUAUUGAAGCUGGCACGAAACGACGGCCCGAUAGCACCGUGUUCGAAUUCCAUCCCAGUCCGGCGAGUCCCAUUUUCAGCGCAUUCAGCCGACGUAGUGUGGAUAGCAAGAGCUUUCGGGACAGCAGGAGCGCCAGCCGGAGGAGCAGCUGGAGAACCAGCACUCUCAGCACCAUGGAUCGGAGCAUACAGACUUGCACCACCGAUAUGGCCACUCAGACGGACUUUGACUCGCCAGCCGUGUCUAUUUCUAGCCCAAGGCCUUCCGAGUCGCCUAACCGGGCGGCGAUGGCGGAGAUUCCAGAGGACGAAGAGAUCAAGAUCUCCGAGCCGGCACAGGCAGUUGUGGCCGAGAACAUCACCGCGGAGCCCGAAGAGGAGAGCGAAGUCGAAUCCGAAGACGAGGAUAUGACUGACGGCCUGAAGCCGGAAGAGGAGAAGAGGGAGGUGCCGGAGGGACACGCGCUGGUUCGGCAGGGAUCUGUCCUGCCCUAUGGAGAGGAGGAUGCUGUGCUCGAGGAGCCGGUUGUGCACCAAGUCCAAGCUCCUCAGGCCAUUCGCGCAAGGCUCGUGACGGUCACCAAGCCGACGGCGCCCAAGCUGCCCCCUAGGAACCCUGGCCGUAACAGGAAGGGUCCUCUUGUGAUCAACGCUGAUCCCCUGAACUCCGACUUCAUGCCCAAGGAGCAGGCCACGAGCUCUUCGCCGCGCACGCCGCAGUCCCUUUCCGAGAAGCCUUCGGUCAGGACUGACAGUGCUUCGUCCAUCAGCUCGCGCGACUCGGUGUCUUCGGUGGAGGCCAUGGAGGCCAUGACGCAGCGCGUGAGCAAGAUCUCGAUGGUCAGCGGCGAUGAGAAGAAGAAGUUGCAGAGCGACUCUGAGAGCGCCAUUGAGAGCGAUUUUGAGAGUGACGAUGAAGAAGAUGAGAAGAAGGUCGAGGAAAAGAAUGACGAGGUCAGCACCAAGCAGCUGCACGCGCGCCGCGAAUCGGACGAAUUCCACACAGUUCCGGCGACACCUGAAGACCGGGCGGCGAGCCCGCUGAAGAAGGUCCCUUCGCAAGAGGAUUUCUCGUAG